AUGUUGCAUGAUGAGAUAAUCCGGGAGAUUAUGUCUUUCGCAUCUGAAGCCCAUCUGCCUUGUCCUCCGAAGAUACCUCGGGAGACCACCCCAGAUCGAGAGGCCACCCCUAGUGACAGUAUUAUUCCCCCCUCCUGGACUCAGUAUCCGGAGCUAUUGCCGGCGAACUUGGUCUCCCCUGGACCCGGCGACUUGGGCAGCGCAGUGAGCGUGAGCCAUGUCUGUCAGCGCUGGCGGCAGCUGGCUCUCGAGCAUGCUACGUUAUGGGCCCACACAGUUGGUCUUCUCCCUGGACAAGUUGAUCUUAUGGUGUCUCGCAGCAAGAGUUCCCCUCUCCAUGUCAUGCUUUAUGGAGCCGACUACCGACCUAAUCCCGAUGUGGUGCUUGAUUACUUCAGGUCUCAUCCGGAGGCCUCUAGUCGCAUACACAGUCUCACUUGGGUUGAGGGUCGUACCAAUUACUUCCGCAAGAACUACUGCAGUCCUGGAACUGCGGGUCUUCUCACUCAGUGCGACCUAAGCGGCUUAUAUGACUUGACCAUCUUCGCCUCAGAGACAUUCAAUUUUGAGAACACUGUCAUUGACCCGGAAUGGGGCUCUGCCUAUCUUAUUCACAUCAAUGUUCCUGCAUUGGUUUCGGCGUCCAUUCACGACACCGUCUUUGCAUUCCACGAUGCACGGAACCUUACCCGGCUCUCGCUUCAAAUGCUUGACGAUGUUGCGAUCGACGACAUGCACAUGAACCUUUGCUUCAAUGUGGGACAACUCCUGUCCUGCUUGAAUAAGUACAAGGAUACCCUUGAGUUCUUGGAAUUGUCCAGCGUGGGCUAUGCUAUGCAUGAGCCGGAUGCAUAUGAUGUCAUCAGACAGACCUUUGGGGAGGUCCGUAUGGGGCUUGUCCACUUCAGUCGCCUUCGCACAUUCAUAUUCCGUGACGACUUCUGGCCACCUGAACUUCUCCUCUCUGACGAGGAAGCAGAGGAUGAACCAUAUGCACAACCCAUACCACUCCUCUAUGCCUCCCUUUCACCCAUGAAAGCGUUCUUCUCCUUCCUCUCCUAUCCAGAAGACACCGACAUCAUUCUGCACGUCAUGUGCGCAUCUGAAGGAGCAGCUAAAACACUGCAUGCUUUCAUGCCCAUGCUGGACCACGUCGGUUCUCCAUUCUGCGCUGCAGCACGCGUCCUGUUCAAUCAUCGCCUUGAACGACUUUCCAUUGCAUUUUAUAGGCUACCCGAUGACAUAUUCGACGCUUAUCCAGAUGUCGAUGAUCAGGAUGUUGUAGAUCCUUGGCUCGAGACUGUUUUUGGCCAAUGGGACAAUACAAUGAUCUCAAGCCACAACCGCAACCCCUCCAUUAUCAUGAACAUCUCUUAUCAUGAUACCGUGCAGCCUAUGGACAUUCUCCGAAUAUUCCUUGGAGAUGAUGCCGAUCUUGCCGCGCUCGCGGUGAGAACUGACAAUGAGGAUGAUUACUCUGGUGUGGUAGACUUCUACCAGUCUACGGAGAAUCCAGGUUUUACUCGUUUGGAGCUGUUUGAGAGUCUUGAUGAUGAAGAUGUGGAAGCGGAGGAGGAGGAGGAUUGA